AUGAAUUUUGUUGAUGGAAUGGAUGUUUUGGCUGUAAGAGAAGCAACAAGAUUUGCUAUAGAUUACUGUACAUCUGGGAAAGGACCACUCGUUAUGGAAACAUUUACAUAUAGAUAUAGCGGACAUAGUAUGUCAGAUCCAGGAACGAGUUAUAGAACAAGAGAAGAAAUACAGGAAGUUAGACAAACACGAGAUCCUCUAACAAGUUUUAAAGAAAAAAUUUUAAACGUUGGUCUCGUAACAGCUGAUGAAAUAAAGUUAUUAUUAUUAUUAUUUUUGGNAUCUGCUUAUUCUCAAGUUACUACAUCAAAUGAUAUCCCUGGGACUUUGAAAUGUGAAGGCUGUUCCAUUUAUAAACUCACGGAAAAUGACAAAAAAGAAAUUUUGUUUGCCCACAACUCCCUUAGAGAUAAAUUGAGUCAGGGUAUCGAAGGAAUGGGUAACCCAAGGCCACAACUGAAAGCUAUCAACUUAGAACAUCUGCAAUGGGACGAAGUUUUAGAGGAGGAAGCUUGGAAUGAACUCUAUUCGUGCUCAUCUGACCUGGACUUUCGUGAUUGUUUUACAUAUCUCUCUAAUCCUUUAACAGGUCACAACUAUGACUACAUAUUUAAUUCCUCCAACUCAAGUGAUUCUGUGCUAUCUAUUGUUAAGAAAUGGUCCUCUCAAGCGAAUACGUUCAACCACGAACAUGCCAGCUCUUUAACCGCAAGUGAUCUCACAGCCGCUAGAGCGUACACUCAGAUGGUUUGGAGUAGAAGCACGAAAAUUGGAUGCGCUGCUUUCAAAGAAAAAAUAGUAGAAUACACCGAUAUGACUCACUUGAUUUGCAAGUACAGAGAACCUGGAAACAUUAUUGGUCAACCAGUUUACUUUACCUCGUCUACUGUCCUUCAUCAACCUCCAACUGGUAUUAAUAGUAUGACAACAAGUUUCAAAACUAACAUACCAAACCUUCCUACUAAUGACGGACAAGUAGUUACUGGUGAUAUGACACCAAAAUUCAAUACUAACAUACCAAAUCUUCCUACUAAUGACGGACAAAUUAUUUCCAGUAGUAUGAUAUCAAAUUUCAAUACUAACUCGCAAAACUUUCCUAUUAAUGACGGACAAAUAGUUACUGGUGAUAUGACAUCAAAAUUCAAUACUAACAUACCAAACCUUCCUACUAAUGACGGACAAGUAGUUACUGGUGAUAUGACACCAAAAUUCAAUACUAACAUACCAAACCUUCCUACUAAUGACGGACAAAUAGUUACUGGUGAUAUGACAUCAAAAUUCAAUACUAGCAUGCAAAACCUGCCUCCUAAUGACGGACAAAUAGUUACUGGUGGUAUGAUAUCAAAAUUCAAUACUAACACACCAAAUAUGCCACCUAAUGGACAAAUAGAUAUUGAAGGUAUGAUACCAAACUUCGCUACUAACUCGCAAAACAUUCCCCCUAAUGACGGACAAACAGUUACUGGUGGUAUAACAUCAAAAUUCAUUACUAACAUACAAAACCUUCCUACUAAUGACGGACAAAUUACUACCAGUGGUAUGAUACCAAAUUUCAAUAGUAACUUGCAAAACCUGCCUCCUAAUGAGGGACGAAUGGUUAUUGGUGGUAUAACAUCAAAAUUUGCUACUAACAUUCCAAAUCUGCAUUCUAGUGACGGACGAAUUGGUGUUGAUAGUUGGCGAAUAUCUUCUAAUACUGGUCUGAAUGACAUGAAUCCAAGAAAGAUGAUACUAAGCGUUGGUGUAUCAGUCACCUGUGGAGAUUCAGUAGAGACACUCACAUUCGGUGAAACAGCAAAGAACAUUUAA